CUUUUAUGUUUCCAAGGAGCAGCGAUGGCUACAGAGGCUUGGUGCAGGAAAGAAGCUGACAACAAUCAUACAUACGUUAUCGACUUUUCACACGUUAUGGAUUUUUGACAGUUUCGCAUGAAGGAAUCUUCUGUCUCGUCAUUUCUCUUUCAAGUCCAAUUUUUCUGAAGAAGGAAUCUUGUGAUUUGACCAUAGGGCUUAUGAAGUGGGAAGAAGAAGGACAUCUGCGGGACUGAAAAGUUUUGAGGAAUCAAACCAGUUGGUGACAAUGUCAAACUCAUUCCAAGGCAGCGGCUGUGUAGGAGGAUCCAGCAAAAAGGUAAUAGUUUGAACCCUGUCUUGUAACUUUGCUUUUGCCAUCAUGUAGGUUGUUGGGAGAUGGUGUUUUGCAUAACACCAAGCGGGAUUAGAAAGCCAUUAAAUUCCUUUUCUGUUUGAAGAUUAAAUGACAUAGGUGCAUUCCUCCAAAAGGAAACUCAACAGGGAAUUCAACAGUGCAACAAAUGAGGAUCCACAAGAAAGUGAGGCUCCUGAAAGAAAUCAGAAAAUGCCCCUGGUGGAUGAUGACUUUUCACCACUCUCAGGAAUAGCAUUUUACAGUACUGUUCUCAAGAAAGUUCAAUUCAAACCUCUCUAUCAAAUGAUACUUCCUGUGAGAUUGCACCCAUAUCUUCCAUCCAAAUUCGCCCCCGCAACUGUAACUUGUCGCGGCAAAACCUGGGAGAUGAUGUUUCAUGGAGAUAGCACAUUGAAGAGGUUAGAUCGUGCCUCCUGGAGGAAAUUUGUUGAGGAAAAUGACCUGAAGAUGGGAGAUGCAGUAUUCUGGGAAGUGAUGGAAGACAAUAAAGAGAAGGCAAAUUUGAAAGUUCAAAUUAUCAAAGGUGACUGCCCACUUGAAUCGGAGGCAAACGGCAGCGGUUCUAACCCAAAAGAUCCAAUAACUAUUUGUAAGAGAUUCUGUUGAACUUAACCAUGUAUACUCCUUCCCUCCGGGAGUCUCAGUGACUAUUUUGGUUCAACAAGCAGACUUUUUUUUUUUUUUUUUUCCGAAUGGAGGGUUGGGAGGGAGAAUUAGUUAAACCGUGUUCUUGAUUGAUCAUUCUCCAAACACAUAUAAGCUGGUUUUCAAUGUGCCAGAAGCCA